AAACUCAGAGAGGAUUCCUCCAUCACCGCUGUGGCAACAUGGCUACGAAGCAGACGGAGGAUGCAUCCAGAGACGAGAGUUACCAGAGCCGAAGCAGUGGAGUCAUGGGGAGGAUCAGGACGUUCAACCCCAAGGAGGUUUUUACCUGGCAGUUGGCCAAGACGUUGGCGAUGGGUCAGGGCCUGGCUGUGCUCAUCUGUGGGACGGCCAUGUCCUCCCAGUACCUGGCCACCAGCUUCCACGUGAACACACCCAUGCUGCAGAGCUUCUUCAACUACGCCCUGCUGUGUGUCACCUACACCACCAUGCUGCUCCGCAGAACAGGGGAUGGCAAUAUUUUACAGAUACUGAAGAGGCGCUGGUGGAAGUAUCUUCUGCUGGGGCUGGUGGACGUGGAAGCCAACUACGCUGUGGUUAAGGCAUACCAGUACACCACCAUCACCAGUGUACAGCUGCUGGACUGCUUUGUGGUCCCGGUCCUUAUGGUCCUGUCUUGGUGGGUUUUAAAGACACGCUACAGGCCGGUCCACUAUGUAGCCGUCUGCAUCUGUGUCCUCGGCGUGGGGGCCAUGGUGGGGGCCGAUCUGCUGGCUGGACGAGACCAGGGCUCCACCUCAAACAUCCUGUUAGGUGACGGUUUGGUGCUGCUCAGUGCGUCGCUGUACGCCGUGUCUAACGUGUGUCAAGAAUACACAGUGAAGAACCUCAGCCGGGUGGAGUUCCUGGGCAUGGUCAGCCUGUUCGGCACCAUCAUCAGCACCAUACAGAUGGUUAUCCUGGAACGUAAUGAAGUUGCUGCCAUCAAGUGGAGCUGGCAAGUCGGGCUCCUGUUCUCUGCCUAUGCGCUGUGUAUGUACGCUCUGUACAGCUGCAUGCCCAUAGUGGUGAAACUGAGCAGCGCCACAGCCGUCAACCUCUCCCUGCUCACCGCCGACCUCUUCAGUCUCUUCUGUGGGAUCUUCCUCUUCCAGUACAACUUCUCUGGGCUCUACAUGGUCUCGCUGGUGGUCAUCCUCGUUGGCUUCAUCGCCUUCAACGCCGUGCCGACGCCCACCGACUGCACAGACCCUGCCACCUCCUCUUCCUCUUCCGUCUGUGAGGAAGGUUACUAUGACGACCCAAUGGCCCCUCAGAAUGACAUCACCAAGCAGGAGGUGGCCUUGAGGAUCACCACUGAGGAGGAGGAGGAGCAGCAGGAGAAGAGAAGGAAGAAGAAGAAGAAGAAGAAGAGAGCGUCUGGGCCAUCACAGAGCCUCAGACGAGGGAAUAAUAAUGACGAUGUUGCUGUUGAACGCAGCACUAAAAUGUGAACUACAUUACGAAAACCUGUCAAUAUGUCAUAUAUAUUUUUUAACAAAUUUAUUUAUUGAGUUUUGCAUCUAUACAUGAUUUGGACUUUGGCAUGAUAUAAGACCAGCUGAUGUACUGGGAAGUGUUUGUGUUCCCCCUCCAGUGGACGCCAUGAGACCUUAUUUCUGUCGUGUCUAAAAGGCAGAUUACGAAAUCUGAUCUGAAAUCUGCAAAAACUCUCGCGAGACUAUUCAAGGUCAUUGCCUAACCUUAAUCUCGUGGGAGUUUAACCAGUUUGCGGGCUCCCUU